AUGAUUUCAGCCAUCUACAUGAACUACGUGUACCUCCGGCUGGACCCUCCCUUUGGACUGCUGGCCGCCUCCAUUCUGCUGCCCGCUUGCGCCUACUUCCCCCGACUCACCUGGGGCCCUGAGUCUGGCUCGGUCAAUAUGUUGGCCGGCAUCCUGUUUGUGUUCUCCUGGCUGGCCCAGUUCUACGGACACGGCGCCCACGAGAAGCGAGCCCCCGCACUGCUGGACAAUCUGCGACAAGCUCUGGUUCUGGCACCCUUCUUUGUGCUGUUUGAGAUUGCCUCGUUCCUGGGAUUCCGACAGGACGUUCUCAGAGACGUGGACGUGAUCAUUGCUAACAGAAAAGCCGAGCUGCUCAAGGGACAGUAA